AUGUCUUACACAAAUUAUGGUGCUCCAGGAGUUCCAGCUCCACCAGGAACGAUCUAUAGUGCAGCUGCCACCACAUCUACAACCUACAGCAGUGGCAGUGCGCCUCCACAGUCGUCAUCUUAUGGAAACGGUAGUUCUUCGUAUAAAAACUCAUCAAAUUAUGGCUCAUCUUACACUUCGUCUUCACGUUAUGGUAAUGACCGUGGAGUAGAUCGUUCUUAUGAUGACCGCAGCCGAAGAGAUCGAAAAGAGUAUGAUUCUCGUGGCAACUCACAUUAUAGAGAACGCAGCCCUGGAUAUGAUAAAUAUGGGAGUAGCGGUGAGCGUUAUGCUAGUUCUAGCUAUCGACCCAGUGGUAGUACAACACAUCAAAAUGACCGUAUGUUAAAUCUUGGAUCAGGAUUGACAAGACAAGAUUGGGAUUUUUCAAAACUUCCAAAGUUUGAAAAGAACUUUUAUCGCGAACAUAUCAAUGUCAUUUCACGUUCUCAAGUAGAAGUAGAUGAAUACCGGAAAAAACACGACAUGAAAGUUUUUGGCCUCGAUAUCCCAAAACCGGUCGAAACUUUUGAAGAAGCAAAUUUUCCAGCCUACGUCUUGAACGAAAUUCUCGACCUAGGUUUCACCUCUCCAACGCCAAUCCAAUCACAAGGAUGGCCAAUGGCACUUUCUGGUCGUGAUGUAGUGGGUAUUGCUGAAACUGGAUCUGGGAAGACCUUGGCUUAUUGCCUACCUGCUAUUGUUCACAUAAAUGCACAACCCUUUCUUCAACCUGGUGAUGGACCUAUUGUUCUUAUUCUUGCACCGACACGUGAAUUAGCCGUGCAAAUCCAACAAGAAUGCACGAAAUUUGGAAAAUCAUCAAAGAUCAAAAAUACCUGUGUUUACGGUGGUGUUCCUAAAGGUCCUCAAGCACGUGAACUUUCUCAUGGUGUUGAAAUUUGUAUUGCUACACCUGGUCGAUUAAUCGAUAUGUUAGAAUCAAGGCGAACUAAUCUCCGUCGGGUGACGUAUCUUGUAUUAGAUGAAGCUGAUCGUAUGUUAGAUAUGGGAUUUGAGCCACAAAUUCGAAAGAUUGUUGAACAAAUCAGACCGGAUAGACAAACCCUUAUGUGGAGUGCUACUUGGCCAAAAGAAGUCAAACGCCUGGCAGAGGAUUAUCUUCAUGAUUUCAUUCAAGUAAAUAUCGGUUCUUUAGACUUGUCGGCAAGUCAUAACAUUUCUCAAACUGUUGAGAUUUGUACUGAAUAUGAAAAACGAAAUAAGCUAGUCAAACAUCUUGAACGUAUAAUGGAUCAAAAAGAUAAUAAGACAUUAAUUUUCACAGGCACAAAACGUACAGCAGAUGAGAUUACAAAAUACUUGCGCCAAGAUGGUUGGCCAGCGCUUGCGAUUCACGGUGAUAAGGCGCAAACUGAGCGUGAUUGGGUUUUAAGCGAAUUUAGAAGUGGUAAAUCACCGAUAAUGGUUGCUACUGAUGUUGCUUCUAGAGGAAUCGAUGUUAAAGAUGUUAAGCUCGUCAUUAAUUAUGACUUUCCGACUAAUGUUGAGGAUUAUGUUCAUCGUAUUGGGAGAACAGGGCGUGGUGGUGCUAAGGGCUCUGCUAUAACGUUUUUCACAAUGGAUAAUGCUAAACAAGCUAAAGAUUUGGUGAACAUAUUGCGUGAAGCCAAUCAGGAGGUUGAUCCAAAACUUUUAGAGUUUAUGAAGAUCGCCUCUGCUAGUACUACUGCAGGCCGUUCAAGAUACAAUAAUAGUGGUAGUGGCGGACGCGGAUAUAAUUCUGGAGUUAGUAGUCGCACUCGUUGGUAA